GCCGCUCAGAAAUUUCGCGGCUAUGGCGGCCAUGGCGUUUCCAAUUUCUGCAGCGGCGAUGAAUCUUUGUCACCACAGACUCCAACGCCAUCAAUCUUCUCUCUCACGCUGCUUGCGACCCUAAUUUGGGAUUCAUAGUUGCAUUCAGCGCUGUGUUUGUGUUUUUUAUGAACGCUGAUGGUCAAGUUUCUCGAGUUUUUAUGCAGGUUGACUCUUGUGAAAGGAUGAGUUUUUUGGCGGGCAGAUUAGCAGCCACCGAGGGGGCGUUUUUCAAUCAACACUCGAAACAAGCUGCGGUUGCACUGAAGCAGAAGCUAAAGACUUCAACACCACCUAAUUCCGUCUCUGAAACAUCUAAUUCUGAAUCUGUUUUGAAACUGUCCCGGGCUGAUGUUCUUCCUGAAGUUCUCCGCCACUCGCUUCCAAUUGCACCAACUACAGAAGCGCUUCAAGCUGUCGAUGUAGCAUCAGCUCCUGCACGAUCGUCACUUGCGACAUCAUUGAAAUCAAUUCUAAGCCCGCGGCCACUGAGUCAAGAUGGGGCCGUGCGGACGGGAUUUCCAUCCAUUCAGGUCGUGGAUCAUUUUGCAAGUGUUCCACAGACCUCUUUAGGUCGAAAAAAAUGGAUGAUUGAUGCACCAGAUGUUCAAAUGGUAGCUUCGACAGCCAAUGAAUCUCGGGUUGCUAAAGCUUCCGUUAUGGACGAGAAGGCAGCGAUGGAAGGCUUAUUCGUUGUGACGAAAGCAUUCGCAGUGGCCACAGGUUUAGUUUUUGGAGGCAGUAUCAUUGCAGCAGCUGUAACAGCUUCUAAGCAUGAUAUUAAAUCGUUUGACGACAUUCGCACAAAAGGACGAGAUUAUUUUACACCACGCGUAGAGCGAAUGAAGAACACACUUGAACCGCUCAAGUCUUGGGCGAACCAGAAAACUGAAGCUUGGAAGAUUGAGGAAGAAAGGCGUCGUGCUAUUGGAGUUGAUUAUGCUAAAUCAUUUGGUCUUCAGCAAACGGAGGCUGGGAAAUACAAAAGUCGGUAAAGUAACUUCUAAGAGGUCAUGUAUGAAUUCUUACUGAUACUGGGUGCUAGUCUUGCCCAUCUUAAAGCAAUAUCUAGAAGCAAAAUAGCGGAUGUACAACCUCCCGUACUCUUGUGCUGAAAUACAAGCGAUAUUUCUCUUUGUACCAACAUUCAUGGUCACAGUCCUUUCAACAAUGAAGCAACAACACUGUUUCACGGAA